AGGGCGUGGUCCGUUCGGCCCGUGGGCGUGGCUGCGGGCGUUGGGUCACGUGACGCGCCGGUGUCACGUGACGGCGGCGGGGAGAUCCCGGGCGGCGUGAGCGGAACGAGCGCCCCUCUCCGAUGCGGGGUCCCCUCCUGGCGGCCACGGGGGGGGGGGCCAUGGGUGGCCCGGGGACCCCUGGCCGGGCCAUCCGCGACAAACUGACGGCGGCCCUGCAGCCCACCCACUGGAGGUGCGGGACGACUCCCCCGCCACGGGGGCCCCCCCGGCGCCGAGAGCAUUUCGGGGUGCUGGUGGUGAGCGGGCGCUUCGCGGCUCCCCCGCUCCAGCGGCACCGCCUGGUGCACGAGGCGCUGCGGGACGAGCUGGCCGGGCUGCACGCCCUGCAGAUCGUCGCCCACCCCGAGCAGUGGCAGAGCGACCCCCAGGCCCCCCCGGCCCCCUGCCUGGGGGGCUCCAAGCGGGACAGG